AUGGGAGCACCGCUCUCCCGAGGGGAAUGCCUCGACGCCCGUCGCAUAGGCAAGGCGUCGAUUCAUCCUCCCGCAUCUCGGGGCUGCUUGCACUGCUGGAGAUCGGGCAAGCCCGAGCCAUGUGCACCUCUCCAUGGUCUUCUCGCCUUGCUCGUGCCUGGCUUGUACGCCAAAAAAGAAGCCCUGUUUGUGGCGCUCGCCGCUACUGGCGUGGAGCCAGCUCCCGGGCCUUGGAAGGCCAAUGUCAGGACUGCCUUGAGGAGCAUCCUCGAUACCUCGCAGCCGCACACUCUGGAGCGGCGGACGGCCAAGGCAGCUGCGACAGCGUUGCGCGCUUGGGAGGCCGCGCGAACGCACUUUAAGCACACGGAGGAGCUCUUGGACCAGGGCCUGCUUGAAGGUAUGACGAUCGUGCGUGCGGCCUACUUGGAGCAGCUGGAGCGUGUGAACGAGUAUCACGACGAGCUGGUUGAUGCUGUUUUAAACGCUCCCUCGCCCUGUUCGAAUUGA